AUGAAUUUUGAGUUAAAUCGCUUGAAUACAUUUAACGAGUGGCCAGAAAACGCAGCUGUCAAUCCGUCAAGAAUAGCAAAAGGCGGAUUUUAUUACACUGGUCAGGGUACUAAUGUUCAGUGCUUCUUUUGCGGAGUUACCAUAUCUGAAUGGAAUUACGGGGAUCAAGUGAUGGCACGUCACCGCGAAGCUAGACCAGAAUGUCCUUUUGUUUUAAAUCCAACUAACACCUGCAACGUUCCUCUGCUGGACUCAAAUAAUUCGACUCCUAGUCUCUUUAGUUUGCCUCCGCCACCAGAAGAACCUAGGAUAGAACCAUCUGAUAGGCAGCAGCCGACGACUUCAUCUCCAGUGCAAAGUCAGAACCCUAGAAUUGAAUAUGGAACUUAUGAGCAGAGACUCAGGUCUUUUGGGAAUUGGCCAGCUACUAAUAAUGUUACGCCUGAAAGUCUUGCGAGAGCUGGUUUUUAUUAUCUCCAACAAGAAGAUAUGGUUGAAUGUGUUUAUUGUCGAGGCAUAAUGAGCAAGUGGGAACCAGGUGAUGAUCCAUAUAAUGAACAUAGAAACGGUUUUCCACAUUGUGAUUUCUUCAAUCACCGAGAAUCUAAUUCAGCUUUAACGACAGAAGAGAAAGAAGAAUUGGCAAACGUCAAAUUAUUGUCGGGAACGACGGCGGAUUUGCAUAAAUUAGGAAUACAAAAACAUACCGGACCGAAGCAGCUUAAGUAUGCUACGUACGAGGGCAGACUCAGAACAUUCCAAGGGUGGCCUGAUAACCUUCAGCAGACACCAGAUAUGUUAUCAACCGCUGGAUUUUAUUAUGUUGGUUCGGGUGAUCAAGUAAGAUGUUUUCACUGUGAUGGCGGCUUACAUAACUGGGAAGCCGAUGAUGAUCCUUGGACUGAGCAUGCCAGAUGGUUUCCGAAGUGCGGUUUUGUGUCUAUUGUCCGUGGGCAAGAUUUUAUCCAGCAUUGUAUCGACAACAGACCACCUUUAGAUCCUUUAAUAUUUCUUGGAGUACCUGAAAAUGGAGAAGAUGUCGGAGAAUCAUCUACAUCACAACCUGCCAGUUCUAGUUCUAGUUCUAAUUCUAAUUCUAAUUCUAAUUCUAAUUCAGUUAGAAUUAGACAUGAGGUUACUGAUACUGAAGUUGAAGAACUUUUGCAUUCAGCACCAGCUAUUACCGCUCUACAAUUGGGUUUAAAUCUUGGGAGAGUAAAAACGGCAUUAAGACAACGUUUGGAAAGGUUUGGAGUACCUUACACAAAUUCUGAUCAGCUUAUUGAGCACGUUCGUCGUAUUCAUUUGACUGAAGAAAAUAACGGACUGGAAAAUAAUACAGAAACAUCAUCGUCCGAGCUAGCAGCUUUGUUGAGUAAAGUGAUAACAGUUCAAUCAUCAAGUAAAUCCAGAUCACAAGGGCAAAAUAGAUCGGAUAUUGUAAAACAGCUAGUACCAAUGAGUUGCAAUGGCGAGAGUCAAGAAGCAACAGUUAUGAGUUUAAAAAAAGAUAAAAGAGCUGACGCCCAGACAGAUAAUGGACCACUAUCACUUGAAGAGGAAAAUCGCCGUCUAAGAGAAGCGCGAUUAUGUAAAAUAUGUAUGGAUAGAGAAGUUUCAGUAGUAUUUCUGCCGUGUGGACAUCUUGCCACUUGUGUGCAAUGUGCACCGUCAUUAACAGACUGUCCAAUGUGCCGCCAAGAAAUUCGUGCCACCGUGCGAACGUUUUUAGCCUAA